GAUUGCAGGAACAUCGAGCACAUCGUGCAUGGUUGCUCUGUUCGCGAUGGCCUGCAUCGCCGAAGGCGCUUUCACCUGCUACACGAAUCAUAUCGGCCUGCGCUUUUCAGAGAGGAUACAGGUACUCACCCAAGGCGCGAUCUUACGAAGGGUGCUGAACUACUCUCCCACGGCACGUGCCAGCAUAUCAUCUGGUUACAUCGUGUCCGUAAUGGGCGUAGACUGUACCAUCAUCUCGUUCAACGCUCAGCUCAUGCUCUCACCGCUUCCUGGGCUGCUCAGCAUGCCGAUCGUUAUCUACAUGCUGAGCGCCCGCAUAGGCGUAGGUCCUGGACUUUGCUGCGGAUCGGUACUCCUUGCGGCACUCGUGGGCUUCUGGCUCUUCGUUUUGGCUUACUACAAAUUUCAAAGACGUAGCAUGAAGUUUCGUGACGAUCGGGUCAAGCGCAUGCUGGACCUGCUCAGCUCCAUCAGGACUGUGAAGAUGUACGCUUGGGAACAGAGCCACCUGGAUUCCCUGAAACGGCUCAGGGAGAAGGAACUAAAGAAUGUGCUCAAGAUUAAUCUCAUCAACGGAGCUGUCGAUGCUAUCUACAGUGCAAUGAGCUCCCUGCUGACGUUAAUAAUGUACGGGACGCUUGCACUCCUGGACCCCACGCGCCUCUUGACGGCAUCCGAAGCUUUCUCCAGCGUCUACUUUUAUCUCUCAUCGAAAACUUUGCACAUCCUUGACUAUGGCGAUGAGGACCUGAAUGUGGUAAUGUCUACUAACGGUUUUUCUCUCCUCGAAGGACUUUGA